UUGGUUGUACCAGCAAUUUUACUUACAGCUUUGAGUUUUUUUGACUGCGAGCAAACUGCAUUCGUUGUGGUGUUAAUGUGUUUAGCAGCUUCCUUUCUUUCUUUGAACUUUGUUGGUUUAAUGGUGAAUAUGUUUGAUAUUUCCCCGACACAUGGUGGACAAAUUAUGACAGUUAGUAACACUAUAGCUAACUUUCCAGGCAUUUUAACACCAUAUACUGUAGCUCAAUUUACACCUAAUAAUACUAGAGAACAGUGGCAGAAAAUGUUCUUUCUUACUGCUGGAAUUCUAACGUUUGGUGCGCUUUGUUUUGUUGUUUUUGGAAAAGUUACGGUGGAGAAAUGGUCAGUACCUACAGAAAAGAAAGAA